GUCGCUGCUCACAGUCAGUCAGUCAUUCAGUCAGGUCAGCUGACGCCGCUCAUGGUCACACAAUUUUUUCCACCGCCAUCAUCAUCUCGAGCUUAUCAACGCGGAAAUCAAAGAGCAACUUGAUGAAUAUUCAAAGUCCACGUCCUCGUUGGCUGACGACAGGAGAACAGAGAGAGAGAGAGAGAAAUAGAGAGAGAGCUCCGCGGGCGUCCUGCGUUUCAAUAGUUUUCACAAAUCCAGCUGCCAUCGAAUAAUAGAGAUCAACUCACCAUCGAGAGGAUAAACUCAUCCAGGAGUAGAAGUGCGAGUUUUAAUCAUCCAGAGUCCAUAUACUUCAUAGUAUUGUUAUAGGUUUUUCCACAGACGCGUUUCGGCCGCUUUCUUCCCAUUUGGAACAUCUUUGAAAAUGUUGCUUGAACACCCGGGGUCAAGCUGUCAAAACACCGGGAGUUUCUCCCGAUACACUCCAGGCCAAGGUAAGAAGAUCCCAGUGUGUGCCGGCUGCAGUCAACACAUCGUGGACCGCUUCAUCCUCAAAGUGCUGGACCGCCACUGGCACAGCAAGUGCCUGAAAUGCAGCGACUGCCAGGCGCAGCUGUCGGAGAAGUGCUUCAGCAGAGGCGACAGCGUCUACUGCAAGGAGGACUUCUUCAAGAGAUUCGGGACCAAAUGCGCCGCGUGCCAGCAGGGCAUCCCGCCCACCCAGGUGGUGAGGAGAGCGCAGGACUUCGUCUACCACCUGCACUGCUUCGCCUGCAUCGUGUGCAAAAGGCAGCUGGCCACAGGUGACGAGUACUACCUGAUGGAGGACAGCAGGCUGGUGUGUAAGGCCGACUACGAGACCGCCAAACAGAGAGAAGCAGACUCAACUGCAAAAAGGCCACGAACAACCAUCACUGCUAAACAGCUGGAAACGCUGAAGAACGCCUACAAUAACUCUCCCAAACCUGCCCGCCACGUCCGGGAGCAGCUCUCAUCAGAGACGGGCCUGGAUAUGCGGGUUGUGCAGGUUUGGUUUCAGAACAGGAGAGCUAAAGAGAAAAGGCUGAAGAAAGACGCUGGUCGGCAGAGGUGGGGGCAGUACUUCCGCAACAUGAAGAGGUCGCGAGGAAGCUCCAAAUCCGACAAGGACAGCAUCCAGGAGGAGGGCAUGGACAGCGACGCCGAGGUGUCCUUCACAGAUGAACCGCCCAUGUCUGAGCUCGGCCUCACUAACGGCAUCUACAGCAGCCUGAGUGAGUCCUCUCCAGCCAUGUCGGGCCGCCAAGGAGGCAACAACCACAGCUCCUUCCCCCUGGAGCACGGCGGAGUCCUCCCAUCUCAAGACCAGUUCCACGACAUCCGCUCCAACAGCCCCUACGGCCUCCCUCAGUCGCCGGGGUCGCUUCAGGCGCUACCCAGACACCAGCCUCUCAUCUCCAGCUUGGUCUACCCCGACUCUGGCCUUUCUAUCAUGACCCAGGGCAGCGGGCCCGGGAUCAACCCCGCCGUGAGGGUCUCCAUGGGGGCCGCCAACGGCCCCAGCUCGGACCUCUCGACCGGCAGCAGCGGAGGAUACCCAGACUUUCCUGCCAGUCCCGCGUCCUGGUUAGAUGAAGUGGACCACGGACAGUUUUGAUUGGUCAGGGACAAGAAAUUGGACUUUUUUUAGGGGGGUGUUUCUGUGUCUUCUGUUGGAUUUUAGGAAUUGGAAAAUAGUCUCACACAAGACAGUGAUCGUGCAAAGGACUAGAUUGCUGUCCUCGGAUCUCACAAAUAUCUGAUCAAUUCUGCGUUCCAUUUACAGAAAUCGGAAGUCAAUGCUGGGAAUGACGUCACAUCUAAGUUGAUCGCAUUUCAGUACAACAAGUCGGAAAAUUUAACGGGUUUGCUCCAGCCAGGUUGGCCAUUGUUAGUAAUAUCAGUUUAUAACAACGCAUUACAAUGGUAUUUUGCGCAAUAUGUCCACAGCUAGAAGUUGGACAUGUAUACGACUGAUUUAAUGAGACACAAAUAAGACAGAAGUGCUAAUAAACAGUAUAUUACUACAGCUUUUUUUACUGUUGAUGCGUGGAGCAGCCAUCUUGGAUUUUGAGGUCGGGGUCGGUGAGGUUCGUCCAACUUUCCAAGUUGGAAAUCUGACUUCAGGAAGGCAUUCCAGUUGAAAUUUCUGAUUGGGAACUCUGAAAUUCCGACUUCCCAGUUCAAAUGGAACGCAGUAUAACAGGUCCAUUCAAUAUCUGGGAUCUGGAUGGAACGAAGGAAGGAAAUAUCCUUCAUUAAAAGCACUUGGCCUAACAAUCGUCCUUCAGUAGUAAAACCGUAUGUAAAGCAAGAAAUCUGUCAAAAAAUUUUCAGUUUUCAGAUACCACUAUAAGCUUAUUCAAAACACCGAGACUCACUCGAUCAUUUGGAUUUUCACCAACUCCCCCUCUUCGUUCUCAUCUCUUUGUUUUCUACACUGUGUUCAGGUUGAGAAUUCACUUCAGAGUCUUUAAAUGUCUGGUCGUUGCCAAAUGUCUAUAUAUAAAUAUAUAAUGGUUUAUCAUUGUGGAGACUUUAUUUUUAUACAAACCCCUUCCUGGACGCGAAUAAGAACCCAGAUAUGAGGACUUUGUACAUUCUUAAACAGGGAUAUAGGCAAAAAUGUAGAUGUUGUCUUAAAUGGUACCUAGGGGUCCAAUUACUUCUAUGCAUUUGUGUGUUCUCAGAUGUAUCUUGUUCGUUUUGUUCUACCGAAAAAUAACCCCCGAGGAAGAAGAAGUCGCCGUAGCACCCGGGGGUUUGAUGUAUAUGUUUGUUUAUGUGGAAAAUGUUUUAUGUCUUAUUUAUUCCCUCUGGUAAUGAUGAUGAUGAUUCCUGAUUAAAUGGCAG